GAAAAAAGAAAAUAAAUAGAAAAUUUUGGAAAAUGCUAUCUAUUAUCCGAGCGAUUGGCAACUGAGAAGCCGAAAAUCACUGACAACAAGGUAGGAAGAAGAUGGGGGAUCUCUACGCUUUGGACUUCGAUGGAGUUCUCUGCGAUAGCUGCGGAGAAAGCUCUCUUUCUGCUGUUAAGGCUGCUAAGGUAAGAUGGCCUGACUUGUUCAACGAUGUGGAUUCGAGCUUGGAGAAUUGGAUUGUGGAUCAGAUGUACACAGUCCGCCCUGUGGUUGAAACUGGAUAUGAGAAUUUGUUGCUGGUGAGGUUGCUGUUGGAGAUGAGAUUGCCUUCAAUUAGGAAAUCUUCGGUUGCAGAAGGGCUCCUAGUUCAAGGAAUAUUGGAGAAUUGGUCAAACCUCAAACCAGUCAUCAUGGAAGAAUGGGGAGAGAAUAGAGAUGCUCUCAUAGACCUUUUUGGAAAGGUUAGAGAUCAAUGGAUGGAUGAGGACUUAACAACUUGGAUCGGUGCAAAUAGAUUUUAUCCAGGUGUUUCUGAUGCUCUGAAGUUUGCAAGCUCAAGGAUAUACAUAGUUACCACAAAGCAGGGUCGAUUUGCCGAUGCUCUACUACGAGAACUUGCAGGAGUGGCCAUACCUCCCGAAAGAAUAUAUGGUCUAGGAACGGGUCCGAAAGUAGAAGUUUUAAAGCUGCUUCAAAAGAUGCCUGAGCACCAAGGAUUGAAGCUGCACUUUGUGGAAGAUCGAUUGGCCACUCUAAAGAAUGUCAUCAAAGAGCCAGAAUUAGAUGCGUGGAAUAUAUAUCUGGUGGACUUGGGUCGUUACAGUUAUAGAUGAAGGGUAAGAAUCCACUAAGCAAACGCAUAACCAAGAAUAAAGGAUUCACAUCGAUUAGAUAAGGGAAUGAGUGCCAACAAGGACACUGGCCCAAAUGGGGGUGGAUAGAUCCCACAUCGGUUGGAGAGGAGAACAAAACAUUCUUUAUAAGGGUGUGGAAACCUCUCCCUAGCAAAUGCAUUUUAAAAACCUUGAGGGGAAGUCCGAAAGAGGACAUAUCUGCUAGCGGUGGGCUUGAGUUGUUACAGUUAUAGACGAAGGGUAAGAAUCUACUAAGGAGAUGCAUAACAAGGAACAAAGGAUUCACAAUUGCCCCUUCAAUUUAUCUAAGGUUUGAUAUCUUAAUUUUCUAAGCUUUGGCUCUGUUGCUAAUGGCUGCAUAUGGGCGUUCAUUUGAUGA